AAACAAUACAACCGCAUGCGCACAUGUCUGACGCAAAAACGUGGUCUGCCUGCGUAACAACAUCGACAUACAUUUAUCAGCGUAUAACCGGCAUAUUUCACAACAACAAGGAAACCCAUACAGAAUGGCCACCGCUGAAGGUGAUUCAGAAAUGAAUGAAGUGAAACAGACCAAUUCAACUACUGAGCAAACAAAAGAAACAAAUGAUGGGGACAACGUUAAUGGGAAGGUGAAGGAGGAGGAAGAUGAUCAAGUUAAGGAAACAAUAGGAACGUACGCUGUGAUUCCAGAGGACCCUCCCCUACCCCCUUUGGGGCCCCCAAAUAACCUUGAGAAAAAAAUCAUCAAACAACUUGAGUAUUAUUUUGGAGACAUGAAUCUGCCAAGGGAUCGAUUUCUUCAAGAACAGAUUAGAGAGGAUUCCGAUGGAUGGGUGUCGCUUGCAAUAAUGACAAAGUUCAACAGACUGAAACAGCUAACAUCCAACCUGAAGAUGAUCGCAACAGCAAUACGGAAGUCCGACUCGGGAUUCCUGGAGGUCAGUAAAGAUGGUGUGUACAUGAGGAGAUCGCCCGAUAAACCUCUACCGGAGAACACAGAAGACAGACGUUCUGAAAUAGCAAAAAAGACAGUGUAUGCUAAAGGAUUUCCUACUAAUAUGGCGUUGGAUAAAAUUAUCAGCUUCUUUGAAGAGCACGGUCCUAUGGAUACUGUUUUCAUGAGGCGAGACAUAAAUAAAAAAUUCAAGGGUUCUGUGUUUGCUGUAUUCCAAAGUCAGAGUGAUGCUGACAAAUUUCUAGCUGCAGCUGAAAUUAAAUUUCAAGACACGUUACUUAAACGCAUGUCAAAGCAGCUCUACUUCAGUCAGAAGCAGGAAGAAAAGAAGAAAAUAAAACAGGAACAAAACCUGAGAAAAAAAGAAGAAUCAACGAAACGUGAAGCAGAAGAUAGAGAGAAACUGAAAGAUUCUAUCACAAAAGGAACAGUUCUUCAUGUUAGCGGAAUCAAGGGAGAAGAAACAGAAAGAGAAGAUCUCAAAAACUACUUCUCAGAUUUUGGAACAAUUGCCUGGGUCGACUUCGACAGAGGAGAUAAUGAGGCCUGGGUAAGAUUUGAAGGAGACAACAAGGCUGUGGAGGGUCUACAGGCAGCUUUGGAUGCUAACGAGAACAAGAUCAUGAUAAAGGAGGACGAGGUCACUUGUGAUGUACUCGAAGGUGAUGCUGAGUUGGAACAUUGGAGAAAGAUAUUCAGCGAACUUGCUGAGAGACGGGCACAGAAUAGACAGGGGAAAAAGAGAGGAGCAAGCAACUGGCGUGGACCAAAGGACAAGAGAAGAAAGGAAAGCAAAGAUGACGCAGGUGGUGAUGCUGAAGGAGGAGAUAGUGACGAUGAUGAAUGAAGGGAAGGAAAUGGGCGCUAUGUAUUAAUGAAGAAAACAACGGACAUUAGUUCCAGGGGCAAGUAAUGAUUUGAGUAGUCCAUGCAGUGGUCAUGACUCCAAGUAAGGGGUGCUUAGAAAGGGAAAACUUGAAAUGGCAAAUAGUGACACAGAGACACAGUUCAUAACCCUCUAGUCCAAGUUUUCUGCCGUUGUUGGAGGAUAUUCACAAAGUUCAUUUAGGUCCACAAAACGUUGAAGAGAUUCAUUUGAAACUACAGGAGAAAAUGGUGGAUUAUAGAUUUCAACAGCUUGUGUUCUUUCACAGUUACAAGUUUGAGCAAAACUAUUGUUAAUUUAAUUGUGAAUGUUUUAUCUUAAUCAAGUAAAUAUACUUUGCAGGAUUUCAUCUUUAAUAAUACUUGCUACCAUGUUUUAUCAUAUAUUUUAAGGUAGGGUUUUAUUGUAUGCAGAGUGUGAUGCUAUGCAGUGUUACAACACUUUCACAUACAUUUACCAGCCUAUAGUAACACUUCAAGGAACAAUUCAACAUCACAAAUUGAAAUUCAAGGCAAAUUAUGUGGUAUUUUCCAGUUACUUGCUAUUUUUUGCCUAUAUGAUAAACAGAAUACUAGACUUGCUCCCAGUAACAUCAGACUUUUAGGAGAAUCAAUUAAGCCUGUUUCUUAAAAUUCCUCUUAUGGGAACUCGUUUGUGAGGUCCUUUAUUUCGUUUACUAUGAAAUAUGUGCAAUUUUAAAUAAGACAAACAGAUUUGAAUAUUUUGUAAAUGAAAUAAUUCUUAUAUUGAAGUUGGAAAUCUUUACUAAAUCUUUGUCAUUUUUGUAUUUUCAUCCUUCCAACAUGCACAGAUUAUAAAUGCUCAUGAUGAAUGUAUAAUGUACUGUGAGACCGUACUAUUAUUUCUUUGUUUUUUUGUGGUUAAAUACAAGUAAAUUUUGUCAUCAUUUCUAAGUGUACUCUAAAAAUAAAAUUAUGUACAGCUUCAUCAACAUUGAACUAAUUCGAUCGUGAAGACACAUUGUAACUCUUCCAAUUCAAAGGUUGGAGUAGUUCAUUAUGAAAUUUUGGGGGUGAAUGAGUUAAAUGACAGGACUAUCACUAACAAUCAUUGAUAUGAAGGGGUUAAUAUAUUAAGUGGAGGUUUAAAUGUCCCAGGAAUACAAUCAUGUGAAAAGUUUAGUUGCAUUAUGUUCUAAACAUAUAUGAUCAAAAAAACAAACUCACUGGAGUGCAUUUAUAUUUGUUGUAAACUGUGGCUUUGAAAUUUCAAUCUUUCAUUAGACACAUAAAAAUUUAAUUAAAAUGUCCAUACUUAUUAGACUGUAGGAUGUACAUGUGGUACACAAUUUUAUCAUGAUAUUCGUAGAUCUUCAUCCAUCAAUCAUAUCAUGAAUUGUUUUACAUUCAUUGAAUAUAAAAUAAAUACUAAACAAAACGU